AUUUAGUUAACAAAAUCAGAGAUAGGUGGCCCCAGCAGUAUGACAUUUCCGAACUAUUAAAAAAGUAGCCGAAAAUUUUAUUUUGAUCAUUUUGAUGAUGCAAUAAUGAAUCAAUGAAUGGAAUUCAAUGAAGUUUGCCAAAAAUGCAUAAUGCAAUGAAUUCUACAAGAUCAAUUAGAUUACUAAUGAGACCACCAUUGGUGGGCUUGACCAAACAAAAUGGAUUUAAAAUAUGUUGUACAUCCAAGAAUUCGAAUUUUGUCUUGCCAAUUCUUCCUAAUAACACUCAAGUUAACUUUGUUUCAUCUUUUGAAGUCAAACCCAAGCAGAAUGAGGAUAGUUUAGUGAGAAAAAUCUUGUUGAAAAUCCCAUUUCUGAACAUACGAAAAAUGCAAAUAAAGGCUGCUGCUUUCAUAUUAUAUGAACAAAUUGUUGAUGAUUUCAAUUAUGUCCAGUUCAUUGAGGAAUAUGACUUACCAGACACAUUUUAUUCUUGGUUUGUGAUAACUGAAUUAUACAUUUGGAUGCUCUCAGUGAGAGCUAUGGCUGAAGGGAAAGAGGGAGAGGUUCUCCGAAAUGCUGUUGUAGAAGCUCUAUGGAUUGAUGUAAUGCAGAGAGUUAAAAAACUUGGGGCUGGUAACCCUUCUGGUAUGAAAAAAGAGGUAAUGGAUUUAUCAGAACAAUUACAAGCAACAUUGAUAUCAUAUGAUGAGGGAGUCCUAUCAGAUGAUAUUGUAAUGGCAGGUGCUAUAUGGAGAAGAUUUUAUCAAAUGCAGGAUGUGCAUGUACAUAAUCUAGAAAAAAUUGUGAAAUACAUCAGAAAACAGAUAGCUUUGCUAGACAGAGUUCCUUUAGAUCAAAUAUUACAAGAGAAGAGAAUAUUGUGGUUACCAAUUAUUAAAGAGCCAUGAAAUAAGUAUUUGUACAUGGGCCAAGAUAUGAACAAACUGUUCAUUUUGUUCAGAUUUCAACAGUUCAUCACUUAAAAAUUUGAGCUGUUCUGAUAAAUAUGCUGUAUUGUACAGAAGCCACCUGAAAGAAAUUUUUAGAUUGUGAAGUGUUGUAUUUGUAUCUAAUGAGUGAUAGCUAUUAGUGUCUUCUUGAAAAUAGGAUAAGUAUAUCAUUAUUGUGUUAUCAACAUGUUGAUAUGUAAUAUGUGCUUUUAAUACACUACUCAGGAACUGAACAUUCAUUAAAAACAAUAGCAAUUUUCAAGACGCAUUUUUUGAUAAAAUAACAUUUUCGGUUCAUGCUCAUUUAUUUUUUUUU